AUGUCGACAGAUGGCCUUGAUGAUACAUAUCAAUUGAAUAGCAAGAAAAGAAAAAAAUCUGGAAGUAGUAGCGAUAACAGCGAUGUUGGUGAAGUUUACGACGAAUAUGGUUUUAAAUCUAAAUUAAGGAAUUCCAAUAGGCGCCAGGAUAUGGAAUUAGUCGAAGAAUCUGAUUCAGAUGUGGAUGAUCAUAUAAUUCAUAAUAAAGAAACAGAUACAAGGUCAAACAGCUUAGAGGAUGGUGGUUAUAUGUUUGCAUCCGAUGAAGAGAAUAAAGAGGGUGAGGGUUUGAAAGAUUCAGGUUUUAAAUCCAUGGACAUGCGUAAGUUUAAUGAGGAAAAUCUAAAUGAUCAAGAAAGCGUCGAAAGCAUAAGUCUUGAUGAUAAUUCAGGCGUUAAAUUAGAAGCAUUCAACUUGGCCGCGGAGUUAGAGACCGGAGUAUUUGACCAAGACGGUAACUAUAUUGAAAAAGAUGAGGACAAUCAGCAAGAGGAUCAAUGGAUUAAUGACUAUGAGGACCCUGACUCACUUAAAAGAGCUCAAGAAUCACAAAAAAUAAGCCAGAAGAUUCUUGAAGAGAAACGGAAAAAGACUAGGAAAAACAGAAACGUGUACAUAUUAGAAGAUGUUCUUGUCAGGUUAUUUUAUCUUAUACCGAAGGAGGGAAAUGUUUUACAUGCUUUAAGUCAAUUAAACAAAGCACGUAAUUCGUAUUUGAAGGAGUUAAAGGAUCAUACUAGUACAUGUUCUAAAGAAAAAAUGAGCUCGAUACAACUGCAUGUAAAGUAUAUUGUCAAUGGGAUUAAUAAAAUUGGGGAACUGGCAGAAUUGUUGGAGCAAAAAGGAUUUGAUGACGUUUACAAUUUUACAAGAGAUCAAUUAGAAACAUUAAUACGAGAAGAAAGCAGUUCAAAUAAAAAAGAUGAUGAUUAUAAAGCAAAAAUAUGGAAUUUUAGAUGGAUUAAUAAUAAUAGUACAGAUGAAAGCGACCGUGCUUACACAAAUUAUGAAAUGCAGUAUUGGAAGGAAGGGUAUUUUAAUGACGAAGUAAUUGCAAAGUACGCAGAUGACCUAGAUGAGGAAGAUAAGUGGGUCCAUAUAAUUUGUGUAACGUUCAUGUAG